GACGUUGAAUGUCCACUGUGCCGUCAAGUGUUUAACAGUUCGGUUUCUUUGACCAAAAAUUAUAUUGUUGGUGCUCUGCUGCAGUCAGUCACUGAAUUGGUCGAGGGACAGGAGGACUCUGAAACGGAUGCAAGCCUGAGAUUCUCGGUAUGGUGA